AUGGCCAAAAAGGAAAAGAAUGAUAAGACCAUAGGAGAUCCAUUCAAUCGCAGUUCAGACGACAAUAUGAGUAUUCAAGAUGCAGAGGAUCAAGAUUCAAGUGAUAACGAAGAAGAAUCAUUGAUAAGACUAUCUAUGCAAGCACAACACAGAAGAACAUCUAAGAAUCAAUACAAUAGUGAUAGCGAUAGAGGAAGUGUUGAAUUUGAAGAAGUAGCUAAUGUUCCCGGCAUAGAUGAUAGCAUAGAGGAAGAACUCAUUGCUGAAGAGGAUGAUGAGAAUGAUGAUGACGAAGAAGAAGAUGAAUUUGAUGACAGUCAUGAUUCGCACGACCAUAGUGGCGAUUUUGAGGGAGAUGAGGAAGAUGAACUAGGCAUGAUGGAAACUUCUGAUUUCUUACGUCGUUUAAUUCAAGGUAGAAGAGUAAGAACUACUGAAAUUCCAACUUCAGGUGGCGAUAAUGCUGACAGAUACUCAAGAAAUUCUCAUAGCCAAAGUCAUGAUGAUGACGACGAUGACGAGAUGAACGAUAUUGAUAUUGAUGAUGAUGAUGACAACGAUAGAAACAGAGAAAGAAGAGAUCGCGGAGAAGAAGAAGAAGAAGAAGAAGACGACGGAGAAGAUGACGAUGAUGAAGAUGACGAUCCUCGUGCCGAAUUUUUGAGAGCAAUAGGCGCACUCGCUGGUGGUGGAAAUAGAAAUGGAAAUGAUGCAGAAAAUUCUACUGGUAACGGAUUUGUAGAUGUCAUGCAAAGACUAAUGGGCGGUGGUAUAAUAUUUGAUGGUGGAUCAGCCCGUGAUGGUGGUGAGUUAGAUGCAUUAGUAAAUAACUUGAGUCAAAGAGAUGAUACUUACAUAAUUCUUGAGUCAUUAAACGAGUUGAGUGAAAGAUUAUUGAUGAUGAAUGGUUUAACCGCAGAGAGACUAAUUCCAGCAAAUAAACUAGCAAAGAAUCUUGUUGAUAUAAUGGAAGAUCCUAAACUAGAUGAAGAAUUGGAAUUGCAUUUAGUUGCUUGCCGAUGCUUGUAUAAUUUUUUGGAGGUUAACCAAGAUUUCAUCCAUGAUGCUUUGAAUAAUAACGCCAUCCCAGCAUUAUGCAACAAGUUGUUGGAAAUCAAGUACAUUGAUUUAACAGAACAAGCAUUGCAAACUUUGGAAAUGAUCUCCAGGGAUCCUAUUUCUCACAAUAGCAUUGUGUCACAUAAUGGGCUUACUGCAUGUUUACAAUAUUUGGAUUUCUUGACAAUACAUGCCCAAAGAAAAUGUUUAACCAUUGUCUCAAAUUCAUGUACUAAUAUCUCCAUUGCCAAUUUCCCUAAGAUCAAAGACGCUUUCAGCAGUAUUGCAGAAGUUGUUAGAAAUUAUAAUGAUAAAAUUGUCGUUGAAAAUGCAUGGUUGACUAUCUCAAGGAUAAUAAUGUGUUUUAAAAACAAACCCGAGUUAUUGAAUGAACUAUUCGCAGAUAAGGAGUUACUUUUGAAGGAGUUGACGAAAGUUAUCUGGCUCAGUUGUAACAAAUCACUGAAUACUGGUUCUGAAUCAAGUCAAGUGACAUUGAAUUACGGUUCCAAUUUGAGUUUAAUCAAAUCAUUAAUUGUAUUGGCCAGUGUGAGUGUUGAUGUUUCUAGAAUUUUAAUCACCGAAUGUAAUAUUGGGUCAGUGAUAGUUAAGUCUUUGAAUAAAUAUUCUAAACAAAGUCCUGAUGUUGAUUUAUCUGGAACAGAAAACAUCUCGAUUGAAGCUUUAAUGUCCGCUCCAAAGGAUUUGAAUUCCCAGUUUUUGAGUUUAAUUGGUUAUUUGUUACCAAUAACAUAUUCACCAGCAGAGGCAUUAUAUUUAAGACCAAACUUUGAAGAAGAUGAAGAACGUAAAGCUAUCAAUCAGUCAAGAAUUGAAUUAUGCAAAGAUAUUAUACCAAAGGAAUAUUGGAAGUUUGUAAAUGAGAUUUGGUCAUUAUUAAUUCUCAGUUUUCAAGCAACUAUGGAUUUUGAAAUUCGAAGAAAAAGUUUUAUUAAUUUAUACCGUAUUAUUAAUUCCAAUUCUAACGACUUUUCUGUUAUUAAAGAUGUCGAUGAGAUUGCUGGGCUAUUAGCAAACGUUGUCAACCAGUAUCAAUCAAUAGUCACGAAAGAUUUUGCUAAUGCGCAAAAGGAAGAUGAAGAUAUGAUUCAAAGUGAUGAUGAACACGACCAUGGGAAUGAACAUGAACAUGAACAUGACAUUGAUGACAUUGAUGACAUUGAUGACGUUGAUGAUGAUAAUGACGACGACGAUGACGAUGAUGCUGAUGGCGAGACUUACACAUCAACUUUACGUGGAAGAGAUUUAUCACACGCCCGAUACAGUAGUAACUCUACAAGGGGUGCUCCUGAAGAUACAAAUAAACUCAACGCAUUGAUGUUGCUUUUUAGUGCAUUGAAAAUAAUCAAGGUUUUGCUUGAAAAAGCUCCAUUUAUAUUCAUUGGCGCAUUUGAGAAAGAAGGUCUUAUCAAUGAUGUGCUUCUAUUAUCCACUCAAUUAGAAGGUAAGGUUCAAGUCGAUCAACCAGAUCCAAGAUCAACUUUAAAUUCUAUGAUGACUGCAUAUUCAAAUAAAUAUAUCGAUAGUGAAUUCACCAAGGAGUAUGAAUUCAGAUUAUCGAGUAGUGUUAUUUACUCCAACAUAUUAUUUAUUGCUACCGCUAUUGAUAGUUUAUACAAUGAAGGCAAAGAUAUCGGUUCCCAGAUCGUUUCCGACAACAUGAGAGUAUUACAGGACAUUAAAGUAACGUUGUCUGAUAGCAAGAGAAUCAAGUCAUUUAGUUAUGAAGAAUGGUCAUCAUUAUGGGAUAACUUCAAACUGGUUUUUUCUGGUUCGUCAUCCAUAUCUAGUUUUGAAUUAAUUUCCUCCGGCAUAAUAGAGCUUUUAACGAAGUUUCUCAGCAUGGAACAAGGAGUCGGGUGUAAUGACUGUUACCUCUCAUUCAAGAAUGCAUUUUUCCAUGAUCAAUCCGGGAAAAUACUUGUACAUAAAUUGCAAGAAUCAUUAACGAGAUCUGAAUCGUUUGACAUUGUUUCUGCAAAUUCAAAUAGCAGUCAAUCAACAUAUAUCCGUGAACAAAACCAAGCUUCAAUAAUGGCAAAUCAAAUCAAGUUAAAGUUAAUUGCGGAAAAUGAUUCCGAUGACCUGCAGCAGCUUUCACGAAUUCCAGGCAACAUGCAAAAUAUGGUUUUAUCAGUUCAUGCCAUUGCUACCUUCAAGUCGAUAUUUGCAUUCUUAAAACAAAGAUUUAAGUUUAUUGAAGAAAUUGGUUCACUUACUAGAGCUAAUAAUCACGAUGGCACGAACGAUGAUAAUGAUAACACCGAUGAAGAUGGUGAAAGAAAGUCGGAGUUGAAUAUUGAAUUUUUGAUCAACGGAGAAGUCAUACCAAACGAGACCACCAUUUAUGGUGCAAUUUAUCGCUCAUUGCAAGACAAACCGGACGAAAUAAUCGACCCAAGCAGAAUUUGGUCAUCUAUUCACAACAUUUCAUAUAGAAAAAUCAGUUCUGAAGUCAGCAAGGAAAAUCCAUUUACAAACUUUGCUUUACAAAAUACUGACAGCGAAUUAAAUGCUUAUGAUGGCACCACCAUCAGUAUUUUGAAAUUAUUGAAUGACUUGUAUCAUAUGAACAUCAAUACUGGAGCGGUGCCGAAUAAAGAUUUCACUAAUUGGAAAUUGACUGUUAAGUUGAAUAGACAAUUGGAAGAGCCAUUAGUUGUUGCAAGUGGAACAUUGCCAGGAUGGAGCAUUCAUUUAACUAAAAGAUUUCCAUUCAUAUUUCCAUUGGAAACCAGAAUAUUCUUUUUGCAGUCAACUUCAUUUGGGUAUUCAAGAUUGAUCCACCAAUGGCAAUUACGUACAAACCAAGGUAACGAAGAGAACGGUAACUCGAAUAACAACCCACAUGGUAAUCAAAGAUUACAAUUGGGUAGACCAACAAGACAUAAGGUUAGAAUAUCAAGAAAAAUGAUGUUGCAAAGUGCAGUGAAAGUUUUGGGAAUGUAUGGGUCUACACCAAGUAUACUAGAAAUUGAAUAUUUUGAUGAGGUUGGUACUGGUUUAGGUCCAACUUUGGAAUUUUACUCGACUGUAUCUAAAGAAUUUUCCAAGAAAAAGUUGAAAUUAUGGAGAGAUGAGGAACCUGGUGCUGCGGAUGACAAUGCAUAUGUUGUAAAUAAACAAGGAUUGUUUCCAAUGCCAAUGGAUAAAUCCCAGAUUGCCAGUGAGAAUGGUAGAAAAGUGUUGUACUUUUUUGCUUCCUUAGGGAAAUUUAUUGCCCGAGCACUAUUGGAUUCUAGAAUCAUUGAUUUUAAUUUCAACCUUGUUUUCUUGCUGUUGAUUCAAAUGUUGAACAAGAAUUAUGGCGGUUCGUCCAAAAGUUCACAACAAAAAUUGCUAAAGUCAAUGGCUAAUUUAAACAAAUUACGUGUUGUUGAUCCCGGAUUAGCUGAUUCAUUAGAGCAUUUGUAUAAAUAUGUGAAACAGUUCAAAAAUUGUGAAGAUAUUCAUCAAGUUACCGUUGAUGGAGCAACAGUUCAAGAUUUGGCAUUAUUUUUCGAGUUACCAGGGAAUCCAGAUUAUGAAUUGAUUCCUAAUGGUGGAAAUACUCCAGUUACUGCAGAAAAUUUAGAACUUUAUCUCAACAAAGUCCUUGAAGCUACUUUAUAUUCGGGUAUUAUUAAUCAGACUAAAGCGUUUAUGGAAGGGUUUUCCAAAGUAUUCCCAAUCAACUCAUUGAUAAUAUUCUCCCCACCUGAAUUGGUUGAAUUAUUUGGUAAUGCUGAAGAGGAUUGGUCAUAUGAUAGUUUAACUUCAGGUAUUAUUGCCAAUCAUGGAUACACAAAGGAAUCACCAGCAAUCAAGUCAUUAAUUAAUAUAUUGGUUAAUUUCGAUAAAGAUGAAAAGAGAGAAUUUUUGCAAUUCUUAACAGGGGCUCCGAAAUUGCCAAUUGGAGGAUUUAAAGCAUUAAGACCCGAAUUGACUGUUGUUAGAAAACAUGCUGAAGACGGGUUAAAAGAUGAUGAUUAUUUACCAAGUGUCAUGACAUGUGCCAAUUAUUUGAAAUUACCAAAUUAUUCAAGUGAAAAAGUAAUGAAAGACAAAUUACUAAAAGCUAUUAGAGAUGGUGCUGGAGCUUUCUUAUUGUCAUAA